UCGGCUCCCUCAGGACCCUGGGAAGAUGUCAGCUGUUUGCUCUGCUAGCAUGCUGUGACUUAUGUAUAUGUGUCUGUGUUUGUGUGUGUCAUGAUUCCCUACCCAGUGUUCAGCUUUUCUCUGGUUUGCGACAGGGGGUAAUGCAGCUGUGAACAAUGACCCCGAAAUGGAUGGGGAGGAUGGGGUCUCCUUCAUCAGUCCAAUGGGCAUCCUGUACACCCCGGCUCUGAAAGUGAUGGAGGGCCAUGGGGAGGUGAACAUCAAGCUUUACUUGAACUGCAGCCACUGUGAGGUGGAUGAGUGCCACAUUGACCCAGAGAGCCACAGAGUUAUCUGUUUCUGCGACCAUGGCACGAUACUGGCCGAAGACGGGGUCUCCUGCAUAGUGCCUCCCACCUCUGAACCCCACUUGCCUCUCUCCCUGAUACUGUCUGUCGUGACUUCAGCCCUGGUGGCUGCCCUGGUCCUUGCAUUCUCGGGCAUCAUGAUUGUGUACCGCAGGAAGCAUCAGGAGCUCCAGGCGAUGCAGAUGGAACUGCAGAGCCCCGAGUACAAGCUGAGCAAACUGAGAACCUCCACCAUCAUGACCGACUACAACCCCAACUACUGCUUUGCCGGCAAAACCACGUCCAUCAGCGACCUCAAGGAGGUGCCUCGGAAAAACAUCUCCCUCAUUCGGGGUCUGGGCCAUGGUGCCUUUGGGGAAGUGUAUGAAGGCCAAGUAUCUGGAAUCCCCAGUGACCCCAGCCCACUCCAGGUGGCAGUUAAGACCCUUCCAGAGGUGUGCUCAGAACAGGAUGAGCUGGAUUUCCUCAUGGAAGCGUUGAUCAUUAGCAAAUUCAACCACCAGAACAUUGUUCGCUGUAUUGGGGUGAGCCUGCAGGCCCUGCCCCGAUUUAUCCUCCUAGAGCUGAUGGCUGGAGGAGACCUCAAAUCCUUCCUUCGGGAGACUCGCCCUCGCCCAAACCAGCCCUCCUCCCUGGCCAUGCUAGACCUGCUGCAUGUGGCUCGUGACAUUGCCUGUGGCUGUCAGUAUCUGGAAGAAAACCACUUCAUUCACCGGGAUAUUGCUGCUAGGAACUGUCUCUUGACCUGUCCUGGACCAGGCAGAGUGGCCAAGAUUGGAGACUUUGGAAUGGCUAGGGACAUCUACCGUGCAAGCUACUACAGGAAGGGAGGAUGUGCCAUGCUUCCAGUUAAGUGGAUGCCCCCAGAGGCCUUCAUGGAAGGGAUAUUUACAUCCAAAACGGAUACCUGGUCCUUUGGUGUGCUUCUUUGGGAGAUAUUCUCUCUUGGAUAUAUGCCAUACCCAAGCAAAAGCAAUCAGGAGGUCCUGGAGUUUGUCACCAGUGGAGGACGGAUGGAUCCACCCAAAAAUUGCCCGGGGCCUGUGUACCGGAUCAUGACUCAGUGCUGGCAGCACCUGCCCGAGGACCGGCCCAACUUUGGCACCAUCUUAGAGAGAAUUGAGUACUGUACCCAGGAUCCAGAUGUGGUUAAUACUGCUUUGCCAAUAGAAUACGGUCCAGUGGCUGAAGAGGAAGAGAAGGUGCCCAUGAGGCCAGAAGACCCAGAUAGAAUACCGCCUCUCUUAGUCUCUCCACAGCAAGAGAAAAAGGAGGACGUGUGUCCAUCACCCGGUCCCCCUCCACUGCCCACCACUUCCUCUGGCAAGCCCUUGAAGAAAGCCCUGGCUCUGGAGCCCCCAGUCCGUGUCACCAGAGGGACGCCUGGAGGAAGAGGAGGAGGAGGACACGUCAACAUGGCAUAUUCUCAGUCCAAUCCACCCACAGAGCUGCACAAAGGGCGUGGAUCAAGAAACAAACCAACCAGUCUUUGGAAUCCCACUUAUGGUUCUUGGUUUACAGAGAAAUCUACAACCAAAACCAAUCCACUGACCGAGGAACAGCAGCCCGAGAGAGGUAAAUCUGGGCCAGAUGGACACUCUACCACCAGCCCACCCAGUGUCGUUGCUGGCAGGCUGCCAGGGUCCUCCCUGCUCCUGGAACCAUCAUCCCUGACUGCCACCAUGACGGAAGUGCCUCUCUUUAGGCUCCGCCACUUCCCUUGUGGGAAUGUCCACUAUGGCUAUCAGCAGCAAGGCUUACCGUUGGAGGCCACCCCGGCAGCUGGCAGUUAUGGGGACUCCCUUCUUAGAAACCCGAGUAGCGUGACCCAGCCUGGUCCCUGA